AUGGUAGUGGAGAUGAGAUUUCGUGGUGAUCAUAAAUUUAAAAAAUCAGAUAUCAUCACUCUUGAACUGGAGCCUUCUAAUGCAUAUGAUAAAAAUGCAAUAAAAGUUAUGGUAGAUGGCAUCCAUAAAGUCUAUGUGGCAAAAGACAAGAAUGUAAGCAUAGGAGAUUUGAUGAGACGUUAUCCUCGUUAUCGAGUAAAUGCUCAUGGAAAAAAGAACUAUAACCAAUCAGCAUCUUUAAAUAUCAAAUAUUCUUGGAUGGUCUGUGAAAGAUGUCGUGAUACGCUACAAGCAUCAAGAGAUUAUGACUAUG